UCGACAAAUAUUGAUAGCGAUACCACGAAUUAAAGUGUAUAUAAAGGCCACAUCCUUCAUGAAAAAUAUAAUUCCGUCAGUGUUACAACUGCUGCAUCAAUAUGGCAAAACUAGCAAUUUUUACUUGCGUUCUUUUCCUAGCCUGCAUAAGCCAGGUAUUCACUUUCCCUGGAUUAAAUCUGGCUACCGGUAAAACCCAAACUGAUGGAAAAUCUAUAUCAAGCAACGUAUUAACAAGCAGCGAGGAAAGUGUUGAAAGUGAAAGUGCAGAUUCAUCCGUCUCCGAAGAUAGUGACGAGGUUUCCGAAGAGGAUGUCGUUGAUGCUGCAGUUUCACCCGUCUCCGAAGACGCUGGAGAUACCAAUAACGGAGGAAUCCGCGCUUCUAUGAUGAAAUUGAUCACAUUUCUUAGAAAUCUAUUCAGCUUCAGAAGCAGUGGCUCUUCCGAAGACAAUGAAGUUUCCGACAAUUCAGAGACGCAGGUCGUAGAUGAUGAGGAAUCAUCCGAAGACACUGAAGUCGAGGUUACCGUGGUCAAGACCGAAGACAUUGAAGUAUCUUCCAACCCCGAUUUUAUUGUGGACUCCAAAAUUAUCUACGAUGAGGUCCCAGAUGCUUCAGAGGUUUUAGAGAACUGGGAUGAAACUUCAAAUUAGGCGUGUUAUCUCGAGCAGUCUAUCGACUUCGAAGCUAGUAAUGCAUUCGAAGAAGCAGAAUGUAAAAAGUCCACAGACCUUCAAAUUUUCUUCUGUUCAUAAAACAUUAUUUAGCAAUGAUUUAGAUCAAUUUGGUCUUAUUGUUUAAUUGACUGUGCUUAUGAAUAUGUGAGCGAAUUAUCUCCUGUGC